CAAAGUGCUCCGAGACGCAAUAACACCGGAAACGUGUCGAAGGCAUCGCAUUUCCCGAGAAAUACGCAGCGAGAACAGCUGCAAACAACCGUAGGCACCGAAUAGGCGCGGAAAAAACAGGGCGCCGAGCGGGACAAGAAAGUUAUCGCUGAACGUUGCAGUUGGCGUCACAGAAAACGAUAUCCAGUCGGGUCCCUUCACAAAGCAAGGCGCCAAAUCAUGCGCGCAUGCGUGCUCGCGCCGGUUCUCGUCUUCUACUGCGAGAUCUUCUCGGGCGCCGGAAAGAGGUCGUUCACGAUCGACUACAACAACCACACUUUCCUGAAGGAUGGCGAGCCCUUCCGGUUUGUGGGCGGCGCGAUGCACUACUUCCGGGUCCCCAGGGCUUACUGGGACGACCGACUUCACACUCUACGCAUGGGCGGACCCAACGUCGUAGACUUCUACAUCGACUGGAGCGGCCACGAGCCGGAACCGGACCAGUACAACUUCAUAGACGACUACGACGUGGUCGCCUUCCUCGAGGCGGUCAAGAAGGCCGACCUCCUGGCGGUUCUCAGGCCGGGACCGUUCGUAUGCGGUGAGAUCGACAACGCGGGCUUCCCCUACUGGCUUCUGCGCAAGUACCCAAACAUGCAGUACCGCACCAUGGAGAAGGAGUACGUGAAAGAAGUCACCAAGUGGUUCGACAAGUUGCUGCCCAUGCUGGUCCCACACCUGUACAAGAACGGUGGGCCUAUCAUCAUGGUACAGGUCGAGAACGAGUACGGCCACCUGAAGGGCUUCUGCGACCCCAAUUAUAUGGAGUUCAUGCUCUCCCUUCAAGAAAAACACCUAGGCAAGGACGUCGUCAUGUUCCGCACCGACUCGCCGUCUCUACGCCAGUACGAAUGCGACAAGGUGCGCGACAUUUUGGUGGCCGGCAACUGCGACCCAAAGGCCGACGUGAAAAAGGCCUUCGACAUCAUCCGCAGAGGGCAGGUCAAGCCGGGAGGGCCCAUCGUGGUGGGCGAGUACUACACUGGCUGGAUGAACUACUGGGGCUGGAACGACAACCCCGCCUACCCGCCAGCUGUCAUCGACACAUUCGAGAAGAUGAUGGAAAGCGGGGGCAACGUCAUAUUCUACAUGUUCCACGGAGGCACCAGCUUCGGCUUCAAGGCAGCCACCAGCUCAGAGUCGCCGCUGGUGACGAGCUACGACUACGACGCGCCCAUCGGAGAAGACGGGGAUCCGAAGGCAUACUACUUCACGUUGCGCAAAUCCAUCGGCAAGUACAUCCCUCUCAAAGCCGGAGACCUGCCCAAGGGCUCGCCCAAGAUGAAGAUAGACGCCAUCAGCAUGCCGCACAGCAUGUCCCUCAAGGACGUUAUGAACCACUUUCGGAAAAAGGGCUGGCUGAAGCACACAAAGUCCAAGUUUCCGGUGACUUUCGAGGAGCUCGGGCAGGACUUCGGGUUCCUGUUGUACCGCACGGAGAUCACCGCGAACCUAGAAGGAGAGUACUUAAUGACGCUUCAUGGUCUCCGCGACAUGGCACAGCUGUACGUUCGGAAGGAACGCCACAUGAUGCGCAUUUUCGACACCGCCCACCUGAUCAUAAAACCCAACACUACGGUGAGGCUCAAGAAAGGCGAGAGGCUGUCGAUUCUGGUGGAAAACAUGGGCCGCGAAGACUUCGGUCCCAAGAACCGCGACCCCAAGGGAAUGACGAACGUGACCGUGAACGACGUCACCCUGACAGACUGGACCGUCGAGGCCGUGCCGGUGACCCAGAACCGAGACAUCAGCGAACUGAUACAUCUCAUGCAACAGCCCAGGAACGGCGACGGUAAAACGCCGCACUUCUACUACGGCUGGUUCACGCUUCCCGAAGGACAGAAGCCGAUGGACACCUUCCUCGAUCCGUCCAACUAUAGCAAGGGGAUCGCGUUCAUCAACGGCAUCAACCUGGGCCGUUACUGGCCCGCGGUCGGGCCGCAGAUUAGGCUGUACGUUCCGGGCGUGUAUCUCAAGCCGUAUCCCGAAGAGAACAAGCUCAUCUUGUUCGAGCUGGAAGGAGUGCGCAGUAAGAAAGGCGACCGUGGCGUGAGCUUCAGCGAUAGGCCUCUCCUCACCGCCGACACAGGACGCCCUCACCCUUAGAAGGAACGUGCGAAAGACAGCAAGUGGUGUUUGACAUUGUUUAGUUCGCAUUCACUCCUUGCAGACAAGAAAGACAUAAUGUCAGGACCGGAGAGCCACGCAGCUUCACGAAAGCUCCGACACUGAUUUCAUUUGAUUGUAUUGAUUGCAUGUAGACGUGAUUUGCAAAGUAUAUUUUCAUUGUUGUUAUGCAUCAUCAACAGCCUCUCGGCGGCACGUUCGGACUCUGCACAAUAAAUGUAAA